AUGACCCAGUACGGCAUUGUUGUCGACCUGGGGUCGCUGGGCCUGCGGCUCCAGAUCUACCAGUGGCACCUAGACAACGACGAAGGCCCUCCCCAUCCGCCCCGCAUCACCCACGAGCUGGAUUGGCACAUAAAGAUCUCCCCCGGGGUGCUGUCGUUUGCUGACUCCCCAGGAAAAGUAUGGAGCCAGCACUACCAGCAGUUGAUGGAGUUUGCUGCUGCCAGGAUCCCGCUGGCGGCCCACGCUGAAACUCCCGUAUUUGUGCUUGCUACGGCCGGUAUGAGGCUUUUACCCGAAGAUAAGAGAAACAAGUUGACAUCGACCAUUUGCUCAUCGUUAAAGCAACACACACUGUUUCACGUCGGAGAGUGUGAUGAUUUUGUCCAGGUGAUUGACGGAGAGACUGAAGGGACCUACGGGUGGCUCGCCCUUAACUAUUUGAUGAACGGUUUAGAUGGAAGCAAUAAUAGCCUGACGGUGGGGUUUAUGGAUAUGGGCGGGGCUCUGACACAAGUGGCGUUUGCUCCAAGCAAUCCUGAGGAAGUGGAACGCCAUAAUGAAGAUAUAUCGACGGUGGUGCUUCGCAAUACUGAUGGCCUGUUAUCUAAAUGGCGAGUAUUCGUGGAGACGUGGCUCGGCUUUGGUGCCAACGUCGCUCGUGAAACCUACUUGAAUCAAUUGGUUCAGUCGCUGCGUCCCGAUACUGGUGCUACCACGGUGUACGAUGCGUGUAUGCCUCGCGGCGCUUCCACCACUCAUAACGGGGUAACGGUGGCGGGUGUGGGUAACUACGACGCGUGUAUGCGUACCAUCUACCCGUUACUUAAUAAGCACAUUCCGUGUAAGGAAGAGCCGUGUUUAUUUAACGGGAUCCAUGCCCCUAAACUUGAUUUUGAUAAGGAUAAGUUUGUCGGGGUUAGUGAGUACUGGUACACUGCCAACGACGUGUUUGGCCUGGGAGGCGAAUAUAACUACCACGUGUUUAACGAGAAGGUGAAACAGUAUUGUGAAAGUGAGUGGAAAGAGAUUAUUGCCAACCAUGAAGCUGGAGGCUAUAACGGGUUAGACCCGGAAAAGUUCCUAUCUAAAGCCUGUUUCAAAGCGCUGUGGGUGUUAUCAGUGCUCCACGAAGGGUUCCUGUUGCCUCGGUUAGGCAUCGACAUCAGCGAAGACGUCGCUGGCCACGCCGACGAUGCCGUCACCCACGAGAAAGUGCCGCUGGCGUUUCUGCUGGCUCUGGACGUCGACGGCGACGAGAUCUCGUGGACUUUGGGGAAGAUGGUAUUGUUUGCGUCGCUGCAAGUGCCGCCCUCGGCUGAAGACCAGCCUAAUGUGGAUAAUGAGCUGGCAGUUGGGAUUUAUCCGGCAUCAAUUAGCGGUAAACGGUUUAUCGGUGGUGGUGGAGAAAUGGUCCGUGGUUUACCCAAUCCCACGAAAAGUCACAGCAUCUCGUUAAUCCCUUUAAUUAUGCUAGUGGUGAUUUUAGGAGUUAUUUGGCAUCGUCGUCCUCAAGCCGUAAAGCGGGUGAUGACUAAAGGGAAACGGUUUGGCGAUAAGUUCCGCCGCCUCUUCAAAGCCCAGCUGGCGUACCAACAGUACGAGUCGGCGGCGAUCAAUUUGGAGGAAGGGUUGGUGCCGCCGCACUCGUCGCUGCCGCUGGUCCGGCUGCUGCCGAUGCUUGGGCCUCAACUGCAAUUCCUUCGGACGCGGCUGACCAUCAGUUUGGCUGAGGAAGUUCCCCUUCCUCGUCUGGCACUGGCAGCGUUCCUUCUGCGUCCGUUCCCCAUGAGACUGUUCACAUCCAAUAAUGCCUCCAAAGAGGAUAUCCAUCACGACUAA